UUCAUUCUCUCGAGUCCUGAACCAUCCGAGUAAGCAAGCAAGUUUUUUCCCCGCUCCCUCGCGACCUCCUCCACUCACUCUCGCAAUCCCAAGCAUUGUUUCCGCGCAAACAACAGUCUUCGCAUCAACCGUCCCCAUCGAUUGUCAUCAACCGCCCCCUCACAUCGCCGCACGCCCUUCUAGUCUCCCCGUCCGUCCCUAUCCCCCUCCCACACCUCACCGAAUCCUUACCCCCAGUAAGCCUUCCUUCCUUCCCAGCUACUAUUUCUAGACUACCACCGGUCGGCGCGAUGGUGCUGGGGCAGCUGCAAGCCAAGUACCAGGAGGUCGAGGCCAAGGCCAAGGCGUGGGUCGCGCGCCAGCCACCACCGGUCGAGGUGGCGGUCGUCGCGGCGGCGAGCGCGCUGCAGGGCGGCGCGAUCGGCGCGAUGAUGGGCAGCCUGACGUCAGAGGCGGCGGGCAGCAUGCCGUCGCCGGCCACCAUGCCGGGAAUGACGCCGGAGGCCGCGGCGUCGAUGAAGCAAAUGCAGGCUCUAACGGGCGGGCCAUGGAUGCAAGCGCGAAACUUCGCGGUGAUGACGGGCGUGAAUGCGGGCAUCACGGCGGCCAUGAAGCGGGCGAGGGGCGGCGUGGAGGACCUGCAGACGAGCGCGGUGGCGGCAUUCGGGUCGGGGGUGGCGUUCUCCGUGGUGAGCGGGGUGGGCGGCCCGGCAGGCAACUCCGUGCUGAACGCGCUGUCCACCGGCGUUGGCUUCGCCAUCUUCCAAGGGGCCUUCUACCAGUUGGGCAAAGCCUUCUCAGGUGAGGGCGAUGCGGUACCUUCAGAGUACGUGGAGUCGAAGGCCAUGCUGCAGGCGCUGGGGCUCGCCAAGUACGAGAAGAACUUCAAGAAGGGGCUCUUGACGGACGCCACGCUGCCGCUGCUGAACGACAGUGCGCUGCAGGAGGUGAAGAUCCCUCCCGGCCCACGCUUGAUCAUCCUCAACCACAUUCAAAGAUCGCAGAAGUGCAGUGCGCAUAGAGCCACGAGCGCCAAGCCCAGCAGCAGCAGCGGUGCCAUUGGCAUCGGCCAUCUGGGGGGUCACCUAGGGGACAGCAGCAGCAGCACUGGUGAAAGCGGGGCAAUGGUGGCGUCAUUCUAGAAAAAAGCCACAAGCGCCAACCCACCAGCAGCAGCGGCGGCGUCAUCAGCAGCAGCAGCAGCGGUCACUUGGAUAUCACGUAGGGGACAGCAGCAGGGGCAGCGCUGGCAGCAGUGGUGAAAGUGAGAAAAUGGUGGUGUCAGUUGAGACUAAUUUUACACCAUUUUUGCCUUUUUUUACCAUAUACGUACAUUACCGUAAUCACCCCGAUAGACGCCUCUCCGUAGGAUUAGUCCCAUGGGCUCUAACUCGUGCAUUGGGACUUCACGUAUGGGCAUUAUUCGAUGAUAGGCAUGAAAGAAUUUGAAAGGUGGUGCAGGAGCAGGCCCCAAGUUAUCAGGCUUUUUACCCUGAUUUUGCUCUUUUUUUUUCAGGCUGCCGUGAUGUACCGUAAUCCCCCGUAUAUAACACCCGCCGAAAUAGUCACUCCGCGGGUGGUUUAUGCGGGGGAGAGCUUAUGAUAGGGUGAAUUUAGGAGAGCACCCGCUUUUCGGGGGUUGCAUUUUACAUAACACCCUCCUCGUUUUAUGCAGCAAAG